CCGAACGACCGUCAACGGAGUGCCGCCCUACAACGCCCCCAAAGCUGUCCCGGUGCUUUCCACCUGGAUAAACGACAUCAUACCCUACUAUUCGUGCUGUGUGUGGGGUGAUCUCUGCGAGUACUACCAGGUGCACCGCCCCACCAGGGACUGCCGCUGGUACGACUCGCCGAGAAUGGCCGUGGUUUUUGGAGAUCCGCACUUCGUAACUUUCGACGGCGUGGAAUACUCCUUCAACGGCAAGGGGAAUGGACACUCAUGCGGUCUACGACGGGAGCCCAGAACCGGUUCUUACUGCAGGGUAGGACCGAACAGAUGCCGGAUUGGGAAGGAAAUAGGGUCCAAGCCACUCGACUCACCUCCGUGGCCAUGAAGGAAGAGGAUCGGAGCAACAUUGAGAUCCAGCACAGCUCGAAGACAGUUCUUCAGAUCGUUUACCAGGGAAAAUAUCUCAAGAUAGAUUCGCAGACCAGACUUGCUUUGGAUGGGUUCUACCUCUCCUUCCCGAAGAAGUACGAAGGCGGCAACGUGACCCAGGUCAUUAUCACCUUCCAGGAUUCGGAAAUGGGCGUGGUCGUCAACGGCACCGCCGAGGGCAUGUUCAUCCAAGUUGUCAUCCCCGAUGAAUUCAAGGGCUACGUCGAGGGGUUGCUAGGCAACUGGGAUGAGGUGCCAGACAACGACUUGACCUCUAAUGGAGGAACAUCCGUUGACCCCAACGCGACCGCGGAAGUAAUCUAUAACCAGUUUGGCAAAUCAUGGGAGAUCAACCCGGUGGACAGUUUAUUCCUCUACGACCAGGGCCAAAACCACGAUUACUUCCAGGACAACGACUUCGUACCUGACUUCACUGCUCCUGAUGGCAACCUGCCGACGUACCUCGACUCCCAGACCGUCGUCGAUACGUGCGACGGCAACACGUACUGCAUCUACGACAUCCAGUCGACAGGGUUACUACAGCUGGGCAAGGCGACCAAGAAGGCGUACGACGACUAUAAGCAAGCGCAGAGGGCGCUGCGUGAUCUCACCACGUGCCAGUACAUCAUGACCCCCAAGAACGGCACCAAGACUUUCCUGCGUGAGAAGAACCACUUGGUCGGUUCGGAGCUUGAGUUCCGAUGCGAUGACGACUUCAUUCCGAUCGGUCCCGAGUACAGGGUGUGUCAGUCGACCGGGGAUUGGAGCGGAGGCGCGCAGGAAGACGACAUCGUCAACGAAUGCCUGGAGAGUCUGCUAUGCGGCGGCUUGGAGACGCCCAUUCACGGGUCCAUCUCGGCGGUUGACCGCGCUCCAGAGCGUAUCGAGGUGGCAUACAGUUGCGACAUCGGGUACGAACGGUACGGUAACCAGUACAGACAUUGCCGCCAAGAGUAUGAGCAUUGGACCGGCUAUAAACCAGGCUGCUACCAACAACUGAACCCGUUGGAGUUGGCCAUGGCUAUCGUCGGCGGGGUGGUCGGCGCCAUACUUCUCGUCGCUGCCGCUAUCUUCAUCUUCCUGUGGGCAGCUAAGAAAGACAGGAAGGAUGACAGGCUCAAGCGAGAAAAAGAGAUGUUCUCGGACAUCGAGAUGAAGACAACACCAGCGACUCAGUCGGGAUAUCACCGCGGUCCUCCUCCAUCUCAAGAGAAACCCGGCCUCAGCUACGGCACCGGAGCGAGCCGUGAACCUUCACCCUACCGGGCUACCCCCGACCCCGUCUCGUACCGCCCCGUACCCCAGCAUCAGACGACCCCAUAUCCCCCCGCUGGGGGCCACCCAGCUCACCCACCGGCAGCGGCCAACUACCCGCCUCCAGCCCCCGUACACCAGGCGGACGUGGAGCAAGAGAACAAGGGGUACGCUUCGGAGAGUUGGGCUUAAACGCGAUGAAACCCCGAUUGGAAAGAACGUAGUAUCCUGCAUUGUUGGUCAGAACUAUAUCGGUUUCCCUCUAUCCCUAAAAAGUAGCUUGUUACCGCUAUUGUUCGCGUAAUGACGAUAGAGGGCGCACACGCACGACAUGCCACCAUGCGUUGUAGGUAUGAAGAAAUUGCCUUAUCUUAGAAUGUCUCUAAGGAAAAAAUUGUAUUGAUAUUUUAAUAUGGUAUGUGACAUAAUUAUAAUUGAUAUUUUCUAGCCGUUCAGACGAAAGGCAAUUGAAUGAUCAAUGUAAGAUAUAACAUAUUUGUGUAGCAAUAACAUUGCAAUUCCCUCAUUUUCUGAACACGUAAAGCGCAUGCGCUCCAUAUACCUUGCUCAUGCAAAUAAAAUAACGACAAAGCACUAAUUUAGGAAAUGGUGGAAAACCGAUAGUAGUCCUGACUGAAUGUAGAAGUUAUGUGAACACGAUGUUUUCACAUGAUAGAUUCUAUGUUCCGAAUCCAUGUUGUGUUUACACUGUCGCUAUAUGCGAGUAUUUGCGAAAUUGUAGUUUAUCACACUCAGUCACAAUGCGUGAAAAUGGUGAGAAACGGGGGGGGGGGGGGAAUUUUCGUAGUCAAUAUGCUGUGUCACUGAUUAAAAGAAUAAACUUUACACGGAGAGGAGAGAGAAAGAGUAGAAAUGUGGCCUUUAGCAAACCUUGAAGCAUUAUAUUACAAUAAACAACAUUAUAAUAAAAAUCAAUAACUACAUAACAUUCUAUAAUUAUACUUAUUGAUCCAUCCAUAAUGACUAUGUCUUUCAAUCUAUAUACAGCAUUGUACAUGAUAUGCCUAUAACUGCUAAUAAUUUACAAAGUUUCAAAUAUCAUGAGACAUCAUGCAUUUUCAAGGACAAUGUUUUGUUUCAAUUAUAAUGACGAUGAUUUAUUGUAUACAGUAGUUGAUAAGUACCUAAGAUGGUCGCUCAUAAGUGCUUUAAUAUGUGUGUAUGUUUUAGAACAAGAGAGUGAGUGGAGGAUAGAAUCUAUGAAUUAAACUAAGAAAUGUUUCAAGGCCUGUUGUGUUUGGCGCUUUUAGUGGUAUUGAAAUAUAAAAAUGUACCCUUCUUUUUUGCUUAGACCUACUGUAUAUUAUGGGUUUUGCUUUUGUACAUUUUUUCAGCUCUCUUUCCAUACUGCUUUAGAAUUAGUUUUACAAAAUAUUCCAUGUUACAUCUUUUGUUUUUAACAUUUUCAUCUUCAUUACUUGUUAUUCAAAGCAAAGAAGUACUUUUUACGCAAAGAGAUAUUGCUUAUCCUUGCCUUUUUGCAUUUUUAAGUACAUAAUUAUGUAAACUGAUUAUGAUAUGAAUAUUGAUUUGAUUGCAAAGCGCGUUUCCUUAUCUUUUUAAAGCCAAUCCAUAGUGCCUCGAAAACAUAAAAACAUAAUUAAAACAAUAAUCUUCAGCUUUUUUGCCGUGGUUUACAGCGCCGUAUCUGAACAAGCCUUUUUGCUAUACAGUAGGUUUGUUUUCAUUGUUGCUAUUUCUGCGUUUUUGUUUUGUUUUCUUUUUUUGCACUUGUAAAUACAUGAACAGUGUUAGGUAGUGGUUAUGGUAAUUAGAUGUACAGAUUUUACACAAUGAUUACACAGAGAUGGAAAGUUAAUGCCAAUGAUAAAGCUUGUCUUAAACAUGAAAAUAGUGUUAAAUUUAGGACGCAUAUAGUUUCGGAUUGACGCUAAACACAAUCAACUGUACAAUGAAAAUAUUAACUCCUUAUUAAUUAAAGUCUUGCGAUUGGAUGUACGGUAGUUAAUGUGAUUGUCUUAAUGACUGAAAGUAAUGAUUUUAACGAGCUUGGAUGUAACUCUAUAGAGUAAAUGUAUCUAUCAAUGAAUUACAUACUCAAUAAUUAAGGACAGCCUUCGCUUUUAUAUUUAAGAUGCAUAGACAUAUUUUUAAUCGACUAUUCAAAAUAUUUUAAUCUAUUUGAUCAAAUUUUGUAGUGUUUGCUAUAUAGAUACGGAUCAGCAAUAAAUGAUUAAUUUUGUAACUCUU